CUUUAUAAGGGUGGGGAGACACUUUAACUGGGACUUUAGGGGGACUUCUCCCCCCACACCCUGGCACCUGCUUUGCCCUGUUAUUGGCUCUGGCACCAGGGCAUUCGGGACUUCUGACUUGGUUCUGUUUGGGACAUAACGUGUCUUUGUACCGCCGGCCAAGUUCUGUCACUGGCUCUGUACCUGGCAGGCGUUGGGUAGUGGUGCUGAUCAGCCAUGGAGGGCCCCGAGGUAACCGAUGGGGACAAUGUUCUGAAUCUGACCCACUUGGGUCUUGAGAACCUUAACUUGGAGCUGGUGAGUGAGAACAAGAGGAAGGAUGUCCAACAGAUACUUCUGCCCCACAACCGCCUGGUGGUCUUACCCCCCCUGGUGGCCUCCUUCAUCCACCUGCACCUCCUGGACAUUAGCAACAACAACAUGGUCUACAUUGGAGAGGAGAUCCUGGGGCUGACUAAGCUGAAGACCCUGCUGGCCAAAAACAACCGCCUGGAUGAGUUCUCCUUCCCCAAAGAGAUGGGGGGCAUGAGACUGGAGGUGCUCAACCUGAGUGGAAACCGCUUUGAGGAGAUACCGGACCAGUUUCUUCAGAUCCCCACCUUAAAGAGCCUGUCACUGGGGGGGAACCGCCUGAAGAGCAUCCCGGCCGAGAUCGAGAACCUGAUCAGCCUGGAAUUCCUGUACCUGGGCGGAAACUUCAUCAGCUCCAUCCCCUCAGAACUGGCCAACCUGCCGUAUCUCAGCUACUUGGUUCUGUGUGACAACCGGAUCCAGAGCAUCCCCCCUCAGUUGGCCCAGGUUCACUCCCUGCGCUCCCUCAGUUUGCACAACAACCUCCUGACUUACCUGCCCCGUGAGAUUCUCAGCCUGGUGCACCUGCACGAACUGAGCUUGCGUGGGAACCCCCUGGUGGUGCGCUUUGUGCGAGACCUUACCUACACCCCUCCCACAUUAUUGGAACUAGCCGGACGCACCAUCAAGAGUCAUGGCAUUCCUUACUGCCCCUGGGAGCUGCCGGAAAACCUGCUGAGGUACCUGGACCUGGCCAGCAAGUGCCCCAACCCCAAGUGUAGUGGUGUAUAUUUUGAUUGCUGUGUGCGGCAGAUCAAGUUUGUGGAUUUCUGUGGGAAGUACCGCCUGCCUCUCAUGCACUACCUGUGCUCUCCAGAGUGCUCCUCCCCCUGUGGCUCCACCUCCCACAGCGAGUCCGACUCCGAGGAUGAGGUUAAUGUGGCUGCCCGCAGAAUGCAGAAGGUGCUUCUGGGAUAAGUUCCUGCGGCCAGAGAUGGGACAGUUCUGUUACUUUUCUCUUUUUGGGUCAGUGCUGGGAGGACACAUGUGGGAUUGACUCUUGUGAGUCUCCAAUUGGCUCAUUUCUUGUUUCCCUGAUUGUGUGACCCAAUGAGAUUCAUUCAGACUCUGCAUUCGGAAUGUUGUUUGUUCUGCAGGUUCUACAGAGACUCUGAUCCUUCAUUUGACUUUUUUUUCUGGCCAUUCCGGCCACCUGGGGCCCUGUGUGAAGGGAUUGGGCAGAUAACUGAACUGAUGCCAUUGGUGCCCAAUAUGGCCCCUCCCAUUAUGGUUCUGUUGUUAAAGUCAGACGCACCAAAAUCAUACGAUCCCUUCCCCUCAGAGGCAGAGAGGGGGCCACUCUCCCGUGUGCCUUAUAUCACUGUACAUAGUGUAUAUACACUGCCAAGGGGUCUGCACCCCCCUAGAUGUGCUGGGACUGUAACUCUAGAGUUGCUGGGAGUUGCAUGCCUGCAAUAUCUAGAGGGUUGUGGGUUAUCCACCCCUGAUUUACACAGAGACGUUAUGGUGCCACUUUGCAGGACCACAGAACCAGAGGGUGUCCCACAGUACCCAAAGCCCUACAGCAGUGGGCAGUUACACUGGCACCAGCGUUUUGGUGAUUUUAUUAGGGGAACUUUGUGACUUUUCUCUCUAGUAAGCCAAAGCACUUUGCCCAGACUGACACUAACAUCUCCCUAAUGUCCUCCAGCUUCCUGCUUAGUAUUGGCACCAAUUGUUUCAUUUAAUUAUCUUGGCAUUACUGAUGGUGCUGAUCCAGUUGUCCUGGUGCAAGUCUGACCCCAGCCACAUACACUACAGGUGCCCUUGUGCCCGCGUUUAUGUGCCUUCAAUUCUUCGACUUUUAAUAAAAUCAAUAAAUCAGA